AUGGGUGGUUGUGAAGGAGAGAUUGAGUCAGAUGAGUGCAAGAUUCCAAGGCUACCCUUGUUGAACCCUCCGACAAUGCAUUCUCCGGAGAGAUCAGGGAUGAAAACGCCUCCACUUUUCACCUCAGCGUCAGUCCCAUUUGGUUGGGAAGAAGAGCCAGGGAAGCCAAGGCCUUGCACUGCCCUUGUGAGCUUCUCCAAUCCCACUCCAAAGUGCUUGGAACUACCACCAAGGUUGCUAGCUGAUUCACAACUCAACAGCAACAACAAUAAACUCUCCUCACCCACCACAGUUUUAGAGGGACCAUACCCUUAUGUGGCAACCAGCAGUUGCCACUCCCUAUCUUUCAGAAUCAGUGAAGAUUGCUAUGGUUCUUUUGGUGCUGAAAGAGGGCAGCUUGGGACCAUGGUUCUCAACCAAGGAGUGGGGAUCAAGGAGAAGCAGAAAGGGUGGUUUGGUUCUUGGAGGGAAAAGACCUUGAAAAGAGAAGCAAGUGGUGGUAGUCACGUCUUUCCAUCGUCUGUUGACAAGGAUCCUGAUAAUGUUGGCACCAUUGAAGGCACUACUCACAAGAAAGUGAGGAAUAUGAGAAAAAGGAACCGUUCUGGGAGCUUUACUAACCCUUUCUAUACCAAGUCCAGUGUCUGGACAACGAUGUAUGAGGGGUUGAAGCGGGUGGUUCCAUGGAGCGGUAAAAAACUAAAGAAAUACGGGUGUGGGUGGCCUUAA